AUGUAUUUUUAUACAUACACGUAUUCACUAGCAUAUAAAUGUUGAAAUUUUGAAAUGUUUCACUUCUCAGCACUUUACCAUAAAAAAUUGAUCAAGAACACAUGUUGUGGUGUCUUCUUUGAUAAUAAACUUUAUCGUUGUUAGUUUUUCAAUUUCGAUGCUACACUCCGACUUUUUGUAUUAUGGAUGUUAGCUUAUAAUCUUAUCUCACUUUCACCCUUUGGUACUGGCGUAAGCGAAUGGACGUGCCGUGAAGGUGACUGAAGUGACGGUGAUGUGAUGUAACAUCAGUGUGAAACAACCUUCAUAGUCAAAACAUCUAUAUAGCGCACAAAUUGUAUCCUGCAUGUCGAUUAACCGGAUGAGCGCAUUUCAUUUUCUCGGUUUAUACGAUAAUGGUUUUUUGAACUUCCUCAUUGUUAGUUCUGUCGGUAACUUUUUAGGGGUUGGAUGAGAUUUUCACGUGCAAGUUUUCAGUGCACGUGGGAACGUGUAUUUCUCUCAUGAAAUGUUGUUUCGUUCAACUUGUUGAUCUUUGACGUAGUGUUGACAUGUUAGUUACCAUGUGGGUUGUGUGUAGGUGUGUGUAGUUGGUUAUUGGUGAGCUUUUAAUUGUGUAAUUUCAGAUUUCAUUGAGAAACUGCGCUUACAGGGGGAGUUGUAUUUUACGUGAUGCAGCACGACGACGUUGUGUGGAGUGUUAUAAAUAAAUCUUUCUGCUCAUUCAAAGUUAAUACCAAGACUCAGAGAUUCUGCAGAAAUGAGUAUAAUGUCUCAGGUUUGUGCAGCAGAUCAGCCUGUCCUCUUGCCAACAGUCAGUAUGCAACUGUCAGAGAAGAAAAAGGAAUUAUCUAUUUGUACAUGAAAACAGCUGAAAGAUCAGCAUUUCCAAAAAAGACAUGGGAGAAAGUGAAACUUUCAAGAAAUUAUGAGAAAGCAAUCCAUCAGAUAAAGGAGAACUUGUUAUACUGGCCGGGGUUCAUUAGGACAAAAUGUAAGCAGAGAUUCACCAAAAUAACACAGUAUCUCAUUCGUAUGAGGAAACUGACUUUACGGAGACAGAAGAAGUUAAUCCCUCUGCAGCGCAAGAUUGAACGAAGAGAGCGAAGGAAAGAAGUUAAAGCACUUGUUGCAGCAAGACUUGAUACUGCAAUAGAGAAAGAACUUAUAAAUAGACUGAGGCAGGGUGUGCAUGGUGAUAUAUACAAUUUCCCCCAGACUGCAUUUGAUAAGGCAUUGGAGAGAGAAGAAGUUGAGGAAGAGCGAGAUGAAGAGGAAGAAGAAAUAGAGGCUGAAGUCGAGUACGAAAAUGAAUUGGAUAAAGAAUUGGAAAAUGAUGAAGAAUAUGUCAUGGCUGGGAGUAGUGAUGAGUAUGAAAGUGAAGGCAGUGAUGACAUGAAUGAUGAAGUGGAUUCAGACUCUGGACAUGUCGAAGUAGUAGAAAGUGACAUCGAUAUAUCUGAUACAUCAGAUAUUGAGGAUUUGGCAGCUAAACACAAAAAAAGUGGUGAGCCAUCAACUGCCAGUAAAAUGUCAUCCAAACGCCGUGUGAAAAAGUCUAGAAAGCCUCAUGUUGAAAUUGAAUAUGAGCAUGAAAUGGCUACACCCCUUAGGACAAGCUGAUGUGUAAUGUCCAUACAUUUAGUAUUUAAACGAUCUGUAAUUUUUGAAGGAUUGUAAAUAAACAUUUAAUUUUGUCAUAA